AUGCUACUGGACCAAAGAUUAUCACGUGAGGAAACGUGUCGAGAAGGUGAGCAAGCCAUGGAGACAAAUCUGCAAAGGGGCCUGAAGCAGAUGGAUUUUCUUAGUAGUACUUCCAUACUACAGCUCUCACAGUCAUCAUCAAUCGAUGAGGUGCCAGCACAAUCAACAACGGAACCUCAAAGUUUAGAGAACAUCGAGAGACCAUCAUUAUCCUACAAAGACCUGAUCAUUGAGGCCAUUGAAAGCAGUCCUGAUAAACGUCUCAAGCUCAAUGAAAUAUAUCAGCCAAUGGCUAAAUUUGCCCCGCUUAGCCUUUUAGCGCUAUACAAAGAACAUCUCUGCUCGGCACACAUAGGAAAUACGGGAGACGGGUUAGAAGUGUGUCAGGCUGAACAGAUCCCCGACGCCAUCAAUCGUCGAAGGAUGAGGCAGCAUAAGAUUUUCGUUGAAAUGACACGAUUACGAGAACGGGAACACAAAAUUGGUGGACAUUUCUGGACGGUCGUACCAGAACUCAGCGAUAAACAAACAUUGCGCCGACGUAAUCGAAGCACGAACCGGGGUGGAAACCGGUUGAAGACGACUGAAUCGCUUCAAGAUACGACUGUAAUGCGAGAAGAACUCACGUCCUCAGGAAGUGGUGACACAUCACCAAGUCCACUACAACCAUCAAUAAGUCCUUCGUUGGAUCUACCGAAACCAACCGCAAGUUAUGGCGGAAUAGAAGGCAUAUUAGGCAACGGCUACAAGGCAUACGGACAAUCACUACUCAGCGCUUAUCUUUAUCAACAC